AUGAGUUACAGAUACAAAGCUGGACCAACUAGAGAGCAACUGUAGGAAGUCUUCCAGAACCUGAACCAGGAACCAGACUGGACUGGAGGCAGCAAUAAUAUCAAAGCCAAGAUUAGGAGCAGACCCGUUCACCAUGUCAGAGUCCAUCAGAAGAAGCUCCAGCAGACAGCUCCUGCAGAACCUCAUCAAGGUGACGGCUCAGCGGAGCCUGGAAGAUGCAGAGGAGGUGGAGCGAGAGCGCAGGAGGAGAGCAAGGCACAGGCAAAGAGAAGAGCCGAGUGCUUCUUUUGAUCCUCAGCAGCAAAAUAACCUGACGUUGACAACACAGUCGAAUGAGGAGGUGAAGCCAAGUUGCUGCCUUGUUGUGGAUGAGGACGAGGGCUUCAGUGACUGGAGCCACCGAUUGGACAACCGUAAUGAUUGUGAGCACUUCAGGGUCAAGGAGCAGGCACCUUCGUGGAUGCAGUGGAAAGCAGGCAGAUUUCAGGAGAAUGAAGUGGCGGAACAAAUGAAUGAGUCCCUCCAAUCUACAGGAAGCUCUCCUGUGGGGGAGAGAGAAGUAAAGGCGUCAGACAGCUCAACAGUGUUUCUGUCACAAGAUGCGAGACAACCUGACAUCCAGCAACCUGCAGACAAAACGCCCCACAUGGCCACUGGACGGAUGAGACCAGAUGACGAUGUCUGCACGGUGGACAGAGCAACGAAACAAGAGGAAGAAGAAGUACAGUGGAUUUCUCAGAGGAAGUGGAGGUCAGACCAAAGCAGGCCGACAUAUGAAGAUGAGCCAGAGGAAGAUGAGCUAAACUUGACACAUGAAAAGGAGGAAGGUAGAGAGAACCCAAAGCUGCAGAGGUCAAGGGAAGAACAAUACGGGAAGGAUGAGGACAGAAAUGUGCGGUCUGCAUUUUCUGUGUGCAGCAGUGAAGAAGAGGAUGCAUUCAACUGCUAUGGUCCCAUGAGCCCAACAUUCAAGAAACUCCUCAUUCAGUUUUACCCAGAAGAAGUGACGAGCAGAGUCCCGACGGAUGGUAAAUGUGUGAUCACAGAGCGAACAGAAUCUCUGAGAAAGAGUGCCAACUUCAUGAAGAAGACGUCGCCGCCUAUGUGUGUUUCCAAGAUUGACAGAAGACUGCAACAGUACACGCACGCUCUUGAGAUUUCCUCGAAGGAAGGCAGAGCAGCCUCUCAGGUCCCAGUGGAUCUGACAAGUCCCGCUUUGCCUGUCGCCCACAAAAGGAACAUGUUUGAGGCCGGGGAGGCCUGGAACUACAACAGCCUUACAAACACACCAUCAAAGGAUGCAGACACUUUAAAAGUUGGAGUGUCAGAGCUCAUCAACCAGUGGCUGAGAGGAGGGGAAAGUGGAAGUGGAAGCAGCUCACUUUCCAAACCAGCAGAAAUACAACUUGGUGGUGUUUUAGUCAAGAAAAAUAUGUGGGAGAGCUUUGGCGAUGUGGUAUCUCCUGGAUGGAAUGGCAAGGAAUGCACGACCGCUAAAAAGCAUACCUGUGUUGUGACGAGUCAUGGGGAGUAUGAGAAGGUUUCUGAUGAGGACGGCUGUAGAGAUACAAACUGGUCAGCCUAAAGAAACACAGGAGCUGGACAUGCCAUGUUGAAUUUUAAAACAAAAAUUCUGCUUCAUUGCUAAAACGGUUGCUGCAUUUUGACUUUACCAGCAGUGGCGGAGUUACAUGGUGGCCACAGCCACCACUGCCCACUGUCCGGCCACCUCACUGGCCAACUAAACAUUUCAGGUAUCAACUUAUUGCCACCCCUAUGUGAGUAAUGGUCUCACUUUGGCCACCCCAAUUAAAAAUGUCUGGCUCUGCCACUGUUUACCAGCCUUUCUUUGCAAUGAAUGAUACCUUUUUUCCCUUAAUGUUGUAAAGAUUCUCUGUCACGCAUAAUUGUCACAUUAGAAAAGGUCUGGACACCACAAGGUAGUGAACAACGUGUAGUACUUAUAGCUACGUAUAUCCUGGAAUUU